GUUUCAUUUUGAAGGACCCUGUGGAACAACUGUACCUGAAGCACUGAAGUUGGAUUAAUUAUUUUUCAGUUCUGCUUAGUAUUAAGAAACGGGAUCAAAACAAACAGCAAACGGGAUGACUGUGCGCCGGUUCCAUAGCUAUGCAGAUCGUUUUUUGAUUAGCACAUUGGAGUGGAUUUGGAAAUUAUGGACGAUUUGGUAGCAUCUUGGGAGGUGCCGCUGAGUGAUGGAAUCCACAAAAUUGACUUUGAGCAUGGCACCACAACUGGAAAAAGAGCUAUUUACAUAGAUGGAAAGGAGCUGUUGCGUCGUGACUGGAUGUUCAAACUGGUGGGUUUUGAGGCGUUCCGCGUGGGCAAGGCCAAGUGCUUGAUUAAAAUCGACCCGGUGGGAGGAUUCGCGUAUGGAUACUCUCUAGAGGUCAACGGCAAAAGCUACCAGAAGUUCACUGAGGCCCAAUCAAAGAUCAUGAAGACGUGGGUGUUGGAACUCAAUAAUCAACAGUAUAGGGUGGUCUUAGAAAAGGACACACUGGACGUUUGGGCAAAUGGGCAGCGCUUGGUUACAGAGGGUGUUUUUGUCGAUGAGGGCAGUGAAACUCACUUUAUGCUAGGGGAUCAUCCGGCCCACAUCAGAGCCUCAUCCAGUGGCAGUCGAAGGGAGGGCAUCAUACACAACCUGAUUGUUGAUGAGCAGGUCAUUCCCGAGGCAGCUGAGUGAUUAAGUGUGCGUGUUUUUCAUGCCUCAAGUAUGGUAAUAAUAUUCAACAUAUUAUAUAACGCAGUUUUAAUCAUUGGAACCGAUUUUUUACUGCAUGAGAAUGGGAUAUGCAACGUUUGUGGGUGCGUGUUUGUAACUUAAAAAAAUAAAAUCUUAAAUUUGAAUUACGCUAA